CACAAAAUCUCUUCUUCUUAACCUUCUUACUUUGCAUCUCUUUUUGUCCUUAAAAAUGAAGAAUAUGAAUAUGAAUCUAAACACACUUGCUUUGAUCAUUGCCAUUGCAAUACUUUCUGUGUGCUCUUCAAGCUGCACUGCUGCACGAAUCAACCACUUUAGAAAACUCAAAGCUGCCUCUAAUACUUUCAAUGUAUUAGACUAUGGUGCUAAAGGUGAUGGACAUGUUGAUGACACAAAGGCCUUUGAAGAAGCAUGGGCAGCAGCUUGUAAGGUGGAGGGAUCAACAAUGGUUGUUCCAUCUGGUUCUGUGUUUUUGGUGAAACCAAUCUCUUUCUCAGGUCCUAAUUGUGAGCCAAACAUUGUUUUUCAGUUGGAUGGAAAAAUCAUUGCCCCUACAAGCUCUGCAGCUUGGGGAUCAGGCACCUUGCAAUGGCUUGAAUUCUCAAAGCUUAAUAAGAUUACAAUCAAAGGUAAAGGUGUCAUUGAUGGCCAAGGCUCUGUUUGGUGGAAUGACUCACCCACUUCCAAUCCCACACAAGUGAUGGAGGAAAAAGUUGGAAAACUUCCAAGUACAAAACCAACAGCACUCAGAUUCUAUGGAAGUAAUGGUGUAACAGUCACAGGCAUAACCAUUCAGAACAGUCAACAGACCCAUCUCAAGUUUGACUCUUGCACAAACGUUCAAGUUUUUGAUAUAAAUGUUUCAUCACCUGGUGAUAGCCCCAACACUGAUGGAAUUCACUUACAGAACUCUCAAGAAGUGGUUAUUUAUAGCAGCACACUUGCUUGUGGUGAUGACUGCAUCUCUAUACAAACUGGUUGCUCAGACGUAUAUGUACACAACGUCAAUUGUGGGCCUGGUCAUGGAAUCAGCAUUGGAAGUCUUGGAAGGGAGAACACCAAAGCCUGUGUUAGAAAUGUCACAGUCCGAGAUGUUACUAUCCAAAAUACCCUUACUGGUGUCAGAAUCAAAACAUGGCAGGGUGGCUCUGGCUCAGUCCAAAACAUCAUGUUCUCAAACGUCCAAGUUUCUGGUGUUCAAACUCCAAUCUCCAUUGACCAAUACUAUUGUGACGGUAGCAAGUGCAGGAAUGAGUCAUCAGCUGUGGCAGUUUCAGGCAUACAUUAUGUGAAUGUAAAGGGAACAUACACUAAGGACCCUAUUUAUUUUGCAUGCAGUGAUAGCUUACCUUGCACUGGCAUAACCCUUGACACCAUUCAGCUACAAUCAGCACAAGAAACUCAAAACUCCAAUGUUCCUUUCUGUUGGGAAGCAUACGGGGAGUUGAAGACCAAAACAGUGCCUUCUGUUCAGUGUCUUCAUACAGGCAACCCAUCAAAAGCAGGAACUUCUAACAUUGAUUCUUGCUGAAUUUAUCCACACAAUGUCAGGGAUUAAUUUAUAAUAUAUACAUCAUGGAAAGUUGUUACUUGCUAGUUGUGAUGAUAUCUUGAAAUUAGUUCACAUUCAUGUAAUAUAAUGUUGAAUGUCAUAGAGAAGUGUGUGCCAGAAAGAUGUAGGGGAGAAGAUUUACUAGUCACCAUAUAUAUAUUUAGAUUGAAAAUUUUAAGUGGAAAAAAUGUGUUAGCCAUAUAUGUAUAUCAUUUUUUUUUCCCUUUCAAUUAUAUAUGUCCGUCACAGCCAUAUAUAUAUUCAUUUUA